AGCAAAAGAUGGCGAGCUCAAACAAUCCACGUAAAUUUAGCGAGAAAAUCGCUUUACAUAAUCAGAAACAGGCGGAGGAGACUGCGGCUUUCGAAGAAGUGAUGAAAGACCUAAACAUCACUAGAGCUGCACGGUUGCAGUUACAGAAGACCCAGUAUUUGCAACUAGGGCAGAAUCGUGGACAGUACUAUGGAGGCUCACUGCCCAAUGUCAAUCAGAUUGGAAAUAGCAACAUUGACCUGCCUUUUCAGAAUUCCGCUUUGGACACCAGUCGGUCGACCAGGCAUCACGGGCUGGUGGACCGUGUUUACCGCGAUCGGAACCGUAUAACCUCGCCCCAUCGCCGGCCCCUCUCUGUGGACAAACAUGGCCGCCAGAUUGACAGCUGCCCCUAUAGCUCCGUGUACCUCUCACCCCCACCGGAUACCAGUUGGAGGAGGACAAACUCUGACUCAGCACUACACCAGAACACCAUGAACCCUGUGCCCCAGGAUGUGUUUGCAGGGGGAUCACAAGAGCUACAGCCUAAACGAGUGCUGCUGCUUACAGUGCCUGGGACUGAGGAGUCUGAAUCAGAUGCAGACAAGGAUACACAAUGGGAUAACAAAAAGAAUGACUCAUCAAGAACCAAGUCCUGCGAAGUCCCUGGGAUCAAUAUAUUUCCAUCACCAGAUCAGGAAGUGAACACGUCAUUGAUCCCGGCCACGCUCAAUACGGGAGGCUCCCUGCCUGAUCUGACCAACAUCCAGUUCCCCCCACCGCUGCCCACUCCGCUGGAUCCAGACGACACUGUGGCGUUUCCUUCCCUUAGCUCAUCCAACAGCACAGGCAACCUGACCACCAACCUCACCCACCUCGGCAUCAGUGCUGCCAGCCACGGGAUCACUACCACCUCUCAGCCUACCAUGACUGUGGCGGCCCAGCGUAGGCAGCCCACCCUGAUCCCCCUAACCCUCAACGCAGACCCCCAGCCACAGCAGUCCCCGCAGCAGCUCUCCCCCACGCUGUCGCCUCCUCUCAACAUCCAGGCAGUGGCGAUGGAGGCCUUGACUCUGGAGCAGCAGCUAUCCCAGUAUGCUUUCUUUAGCCAGCUGACAGUGCAGGCCCAGGCUCAAGUGCUCAAUGACCUGCAGCAGCAGGCCCUGCCCCAGGGCAUCAGGCUGAUCACCCUGGCCACCACCACUGCCCCAACAGCCACCCAGUCCUCCCCGGACAGCCAGAUCCAGACGCCCGCAAGCAUCAACGUCAACUCGCACAUUCCGGUGGUGGGCAGUAUAUUUGGGGAUUCGUUCUACGAUCCGCAGCUAGCAUCUCGGCAGACCAAUGCUCUCUCCCACCAGCUCGAGCAGUUCAAUAUGAUUGAAAACCCCAUCAGCUCCAAUAGCCUAUACAGCCAGUGCUCCACCCUCAACUACACACAAGCAGCCAUGAUGGGCCUUACAGGGAGCAGCCUGCAUGACUCCCAGCAGUUGGGCUACAGUAACCAUGGCAACAUCCCUAACAUCAUUCUCACAGUCACAGGUGAGUCUCCACCCAGCCUCUCUAAGGAGUUAACCAACUCACUGGCUGGUGUUGGAGAUGUCAGCUUCGACGCGGACUCUCCCUUCCCAUUGGACGAGCUGAAGAUCGACCCUCUCACACUGGAUGGACUGCACAUGCUCAAUGACCCCGACAUGGUUCUGGCUGACCCUGCCACUGAGGACACGUUCAGGAUGGACAGGUUGUAAUGCAGAAUACUGGCUGUGGCCAACAAAAAAAUAACCCUGGUAAGAAAGGGAAACGAGGCAUGGUGGGGGUGAAUCAUCUCCCCAGUUUCAUGGCCAUUCAGCUAUCUGAUCUCACCCUCAAGUCCUUUCAAAUAAUAUGCCAUCAAAAACCAUUGUAGAGAAGGACAUGCAAUGACUUGUUGGG